ACUCUCAGCUCUUUGCCACGCCUCUUAUCUGCUUCGUCCAGGAGUCGGAGAAACGAGACCCGACUAACUAAAAGUGAUGAACACAACUCGAGUUCUGGACUUAAUUGUGAUUAUAGACACAAACCUUGACGUCGUAACACAGUUGUAUAGUUUUGUACGAAUUGCAGAGAGGCCAGUGUUUACAGAAGCUAACUAGUUCCCGAAAUUUGUUAAAUCCGCGACGUAUCUACCUAAACUAGCUAGCUUAGCUAACGUCAAACUUUUGAGCCUUUUUUGCGUGUUUGUAUGCGAGCUGUUAUAAAGAACGAAUGAGGAAACGUAUUUAAUAGCUAGUUAUACAACUUUAAUGUCAAACGCGUGUAGUUUACAGCGAUGUCAACUGAGUAAAUCCUUCUUUUAAAAGUAAAAUACAAAACUAGUUUUGGCUAGGUCGCUAACGCUAGCUAUACAACCAGUAAACUGUUUAUUAGCUAGCAAAUCUGACAGAAUCACUGGUUGGCUCGAGACUGUACUUUUGCAGGAGUGUUUAUUACUGACCUGGGUAGCUGGAGUAAAUGAUCUGCGCGACGCUGAACAUGUAGUAUUGUCUCAUUACGGCCAUUGUGUUUAUCAGCGACUUCAACAGCUGUCAACAAAAUGUCAUUGGAAGAUUUUGAGCGGCAUUACGCGUCUCUUUCGGACUCGGGCUGUGAGUCGGUGAGCGGCGCCCCGGCCCCGGGCCUGUUCAGCGGCGAGGAGGAGAAGCUACACUACAUUCCCAUCAGGGUGCUGGGCAAAGGGGCUUUUGGGGAAGCCACCUUAUACCGCCGCACAGAGGAUAAUUCCUUGGUGGUUUGGAAGGAGAUUGAGCUGACUGGUCUCUCAGAUAAAAAGCGCAGAGAUGUGAUGAACGAAAUAAGCAUCCUGUCUAUUCUACAACAUAACAACAUCAUAGCGUUUUACAACCACUUCAUGGACAGGAACAUCCUGCUGAUUGAGUUGGAAUACUGCAAUGGUGGCAAUCUGUAUGACAAAAUUAACAACCAGAAAGGAGAACUCUUUACACAGGAGGUUGUUAUAUGGUAUCUGUUCCAAAUUGCAUCAGCUGUGGCUCAUAUUCAUAAAGCUGGUGUUCUGCAUAGGGACAUAAAAACGUUGAAUAUCUUCCUCACCAAGACAAACUUAAUAAAGCUAGGAGACUAUGGAUUGGCCAAGAAGCUGGAUUCUGAGUAUUCAAUGGCAGAGACAUGUGUAGGCACGCCAUACUACAUGUCACCGGAGCUUUGUCAAGGGGUCAAGUACAACUUUAAAUCCGACAUCUGGGCCGUGGGCUGUGUUUUAUAUGAGCUUCUUACUCUCACCAGGACCUUUGAUGCGACGAAUCCCCUGAACCUAUGUGUGAAGAUCGUCCAGGGCAACUUUACUAUGGAGAUGAACUCUGAUGUUUAUUCAUCGGAGCUCAUAAAUAUAGUCUAUGCAUGCUUGGAUCAGGAUCCAGAGAAGAGACCUACUGCUGAUCAGAUUCUUGACCAGCCUGUCAUCUCCUGUGAUAAACUGAAGUUUGAGGGGCGUGUGGCUGCACUGAAUUCAGCCAUAAAGAAACCCAGGUUGAGCACAGUAUCAGACACCUCAGUUGCUAUAGUAACCACUCGUUCCAGAGAGUUGUAUUUCUGGGGAGGAGGAAAGUUCACCCCUCAGAAACUGGACGUGUUUAAGGGUGGCACUAUUGCUCAGCAAGUGUGUGCAGGGGAGACGCAUUUCGCUGUGGUUACAGUGGAGAAAGAGCUUUACACUUGGGCUAGUGUGCAAGGUGGUGCAAAAAUGGUGGGCCAGCUUGGGCAUGGGGAUCAGGCCUCAUACCGACAACCUCGCAAGGUGGACCGUCUGCAGGGAAAAGCCAUCAGGCAGGUGUCUUGUGGUGCAGACUUUACUGCCUGUGUAAGUGACGAGGACCAAAUGUACAUGUUUGGCUCAGACUAUUACGGAUGUAUAGGUGUGGAGAAUGCGAUGGGUAUGGAGGUUCUCGAGCCAGUUCUGCUGGAGUUCUUUCAGGAGCGACCAGUACGACAGGUAUCCUGUGGAGAUAACCAUGUGGUAGUGCUGACUCACAGUGGAGCCAUAUAUUCCUGGGGCUGUGGAGAACAUGGUAGACUUGGCCUGGACUGUGAGGAUGAUUUUGCCUCUCCUAUGCUAGUGGACAUACCAAAGGGUGCCUGUAUUGACUCUGUGUGCUGUGGAAACGAUGGAACAUUUUUCCUUACAGAGUCUGGAAAAGUCUUGACCUGUGGAAACAACGAGUUUAACAAGCUAGGUCUCAAUCAAGGCAUUACUGGUAUCAAGAACCACCCUAGAGAGGGUUGUCAAGACAUACCAUAUGCAACAACUCCGACUUUAGUAAAGCUGCUUGCCCGCUUUAAAAUCCAAAUCAUCGCCCCUGGGAAGACUCAUACAGCAGCCAUUGAUGAACGGGGUCGUCUGAUGACGUUUGGCUGUAAUAAAUAUGGCCAGCUUGGUGUAAAGGACUUUAAGAAACAUCAAGGGGUUCAACUGCUUUUAGGACCCUUUGGGGGAAAAGUUGUCUCCAAAGUGUCCUGUGGAGAUGGCUUCACAAUUGCUGCCACAGAGGAUAAUCAAAUCUUUGCCUGGGGAAAUGCAGGAAAUGGUCGUUUAGGCAUGCCUGCUGAUCGAGGAUUUGGCUCUGAGGUUUGCCCCGCUCUUCCUCGCCCCAUUUUUGGUUCCCUACAUCAUGUGCCUGACUUGUCCUGCAGGGGUUGGCACACUAUCAUUAUCGUGGAAAAGCUGCUUAACUCCAAAACAAUCCGUUCAAACAGUAGUGGACUGUCCAUUGGAAGUGGGAUAGGUCAGAGCGCCAGCUCCUUCAUGGACUUGGGUAUUGAGCCUGGCUCGGACUCUGAGCUGCGAGACGGCAUUAUGGGAGGCACUGUAGAGGUUGACCUGGAGGAGAGGGGUCCCGAGACUCCAUCAAUGAUAUUAAUGGAGAGCAAGACCAAUGAGAGUUCUUGUCCAUCUUGGCUCCGCAAGGAGCUGCUGGAUGCAGAAUUCAUUCCCAUACCUGAUGGCUCCAGCGAUUCCAUGUCUAGCCCUCUGGCUACAUCCUUCACAGAACGUGCCACACUCCCAUAUGAAGAGCUUCAAGAACUAAAGGCAGCUGCUGCAGCUGCUGCUAGUGGGAAUGGCUUCAUGCAAACAGUAUGGGUAGACUAUGAAAGCAUAAAUGGCUUGGACUCUGGAGCUUGGAAGAAAAGUAACCUGCCACAACAACAUGCACAACAGACUUGCUGCCAAGCGAGCAGUGAGCUUGCACAGCUCAAAGAAAUGGUGAAAAGGCAAGACGCAACAAUCCAGCUGUUACAGAAACAGUACAAUGACCAGCUCCAAGAGAACGAGCGGCUGCGGAAAGAAAUUAAUGACCUCAAAGAAGGAUCUGAUCAUUGUGACGAGAGCAGCCACCAAGGGGGUCUACCUGAUAAAAAAGAAUGAGGGAGACAAUGAGAUUGUCAGACAAUGAGAUACGGAUUUUAUAACUGGGUGCAGAUAAAGAUCUUCUCUGAACUGAUACCUCAGUGAGUGAGUAGCUGACUGGGGAAGAUGUUAGUCAAAAAAUAUGUGUCAUUUGGACCCGAGCCUUCCUGCCAGUACAGCAUGAGGGGAAGGACUGUGCAUCACAAAAUAUUUUUGCUGCCUUUUGGUAAUAAUUUUUCUCUUCUUAUAUCAGUACAAGGUUAUAUUAGUUGGCCACAGCAUUCCUGCUGCAUCAUGUCUUUGUUUAUGUGCAUGUCAGACAACAGUGUAUGUUUUUUACUCUUGAACCGCAAUAUUAAUAAUUCAUGUUCAGGUGUGCUCAAGACUCGACAUAUCUUUUAAUAUGUCUAUUUGGAUUAUGGAAACUUAACGCCAAGGCAGCACUUGACAAACUUUAAGCUAUUUCACGUGUGGUGCCAUUAUCUUCAGUAUGGAUUUCUACACAAAAAUGUUUUAUGUGGUUUUUCUCACAGAAGAAAAUGCAUAGACAUUUCAUUUCAUUGGUUAUGGCUUAUGGGGCCUUUAGAUUAGAUAUGCAAAAACAAUAUUCAUAUGUAAUUUCUCAUAUAUAAGUCGUACUUUAUUUUUGGAGUUAUGGACAUCUGCAACUAAUGAGACAUCAUUUAAAAAUUUAAUCCGUUAUGUACAAAUGUGUAUAUGAAUGGUUUUCACAUAUCAUCCAAGAAUCUGUGAUGAAGAAUGUACUACUGAUUUUCACAUUAUGUAUGCUUGUCUCCCUCUUGUGGUUGGGGUGUGUUUUGUAUAGUUCAGGUGGCACUAAUUAGAAAUUACCUACUCCUGGAUGUACUUUAUGCAAGUCUUUCUAAAUCUGGGUAAUCUUGGGGUGCUUCUCAUUUCUUUAAUUCUGCCACCUGCUUUGAAUCUGCAUAUACACAGCCUGAAAGUCAGGUACAUUUCAAUUACUUUUUUUUAUGUGUACCCUUAAGUUAGUUUUAGUGCUUCAAAUUAUUGUAUUGCUUGUUUUUAUGUGGGAGCUGGAGCAUUUAAAGGUGCAAUAGUUUAUUUUUGCUUACUUGUACAAAUAAUCUGUAAGAUAUGUAGAACAUGAUAAAAAAAAAUGGAUAAAGCCUUGACCUUAGCAAAGAAAAUUGAAAAAACCCAUUUGGAAAACUGACUUCUGGUCUGAAAUGCUUGCUUGUGUUUGGAGGCACCUCUUGUCAGCCACCUUAGAUCCUGGGGGCGGAGCUUUGUGCACAUGGCGUUCACCUCCCAAUCGUUAGAGACCUAAUCUUAAAAAAUAAGACAAUAAUUAAUGCAAUUUUAAAAACGUCUGCAUACCUCACAUGGUACAAAAAAGGACUUCCGCAUGUCAUAUUUUCUUGUUUUAGAAGCCUCUUCCUUGAUUCCUCUGAUUGCAUUUAAAGAAUUGAUGUGUCUGUUAAAGUGGCAGGAUUUGAUUGAUUUUUGGGUCACAGGCUGAAGAAUGUAGGAUUGAGGAAUCAGUGAGGCUCAGUUAGAGUUUUGGGGCAUACCCUCUUUCCCACCCUCCUUUUCUUGACUUGCUGGCACCUUGUUACUCUUUGGGGGAAGGCAGGAUCCAAAACCGGUCAGCUGACCUUUUUUUGUGGUGGGCUGGCAACACCAUUCCAUGGAACCCGGAAAUAUUUUACUAUAAUUUUUUAACUCUGCUUGUUUUCAGUGCCUUUGUGUGUAUAGGGUACUCUGUUACAGCCCAAACAGGACAUAAAAAUUAUUUUGGGAUACAUUAUCCCUUUAUAUUUUUGUAUUACAAAAUCCUGUAGGUAACAUUUUAAUGAGAUGGUUAUCAAAAUUUUCAUGCCAAAAGUGAAUGCAACUGUACAUCCACUGAGAACAUCAAAUUCUCUGCCUUUUUUUUUUUUUUUUUAAAGGUACAGUGACACCAAAGGGGUGUGUGUGUGUGCGUGCACAUUGCAUAAUUAUAUUUUUGUAUUUUGUUUUCUUUAUGGUCGUUUUCUAUCCAUGGAGCUAUAAAGUGUAUUUGUACGCUCCAUUUGAUAAUGACAGGCAGCAAAGUGCCAACAUUUUCAGUGCAAACCAUAAGCUGUAGCCUGAUAUAUAUAUAUAUAUAUAUAUAUAUAUAUAUAUAUAUAUAUAUAUAUAUAUAUAUAUAUAUAUAUAUAUAUAUAUAUAUAUAUAUAUAUAUAUACCAUUAAGUGCCUUCUUAACUUCUAAAGCGGGUUAUGCAGACUUAUGAUGGUAUAUAAUGUUUCUGCUUUCUAUUUUAUUUUAUUGAGAUUUUCAUAUUUUUCAGAUACAUGUUCAGUGUUUUUCUACAUUGAUAAGUUUGCACCAAAGAUUUUAUGGCCAAAAAAAAAAAAUGUAUUCUGAUGUAAGCAAUACAGCAUAGUAUGUAAGACAACUGGAAUGGUUAAAUUAUUACAUGUGUUAAAACCAACCUGUAAUAAUAGAUUGCUUUUGUGUCUGGUCUACAGAUGAAAAAAUAAGUACACCCCAUGGAAAUUGUUGGCUUUCUUUUUCUUUUCAUUUUUUUUUUUUUUUUUUU